CGCGCGGGGGCCUCGUGAGCGCGCCGUGCCCGCGCUGCGCCCAGUCAGUCCGGAGCUGGAGCUGGAGCUGCUGCUUGCCGGUGCCGCUGUAAUGUAACGCCGAAUGGCGGCGUGCUGAGGAGUUAAACGGAAUUAAAGCGUUGAGGACGACCUCCGUGCUUCAGUCCAGAGUGGAUUUUAAAACUCGCCUAUGCAUUCGUGCCGUAUGCGAUAAACACCGCCCACCCAGCUCUCCGUGAUUUGCACCUCCAAUCGGGUCUAAAAAAAAAAAAAAAGACACGCACCGGACACAGCCAUGGCCGAGCGCAACUCGAGCGGCUUGAUGAUGAUGAUGAUGAUGGUGGAGCCGAGCCUCCCGGCGGAGGUGCGCGAGAAGCUGGCCGAGCUCGAGCUCGAGCUCUCUGAAGGAGACAUCACACAGAAGGGCUAUGAGAAGAAGAGAGGAAAGCUACUCGCACCUUACAUACCACAGAUACAAGGUGUAGAUCCCUCUCUGCAGACUGAGCCCCGAAUCUCAGCUUCCUCUCAGGCGGCUCCUCUCACCUCCAAACACAACAAACCCAGAGCUGCCAACUCACGAGAUGAGCGCUUCAGAUCUGACCUACACACAGAAGCAGUGCAAGCAGCUUUAGCUAAAUACAAAGAGAGAAAAAUGCCAAUGCCCUCAAAGAGACGCUCGGUUCUCGUCCAGUCCUCAGUAGAAGCCUGCACACCGCCUGACACAUCCUCAGCGUCAGAGGAUGAGGGACGGAUGGCAUCGUCAUCACCGUUCCAGGCGCCAAAUCCGAACGUGGAACACUGGUUCAACCGCGUCAUUCAUCAUCACUGCUCAUCCACUUCCUCUUCCGCCUCCUCCACGUCAUCGUACCCGGGUGGGCGGAGCCACCAUAGUUCUAACUCCGCCUCAAACUCUGCCACAGCUGCUACUGUUCUGGCUGAUGUAAUGGCCCACACACAACUCGAUAACCACUGCGCUCCUCCGGACGUGACGGGGCUGGCUGAGCGUUCACAGGUAGCCUCGGUGCGAGGUCUUCCCCACGGAUACACACACACACACCCCAGCAGCGCUAUGGACACGGCUGACGGUGUCCCCGUGAACAGUCGUGUUUCGUCUAAAAUCCAGCAGCUCUUGAACACACUGAAGAGACCCAAGCGGCCGCCGCUGCGUGAGUUCUUCGUGGACGAUUUCGAGGAACUCCUGGAUGUCCAGCAGCCCGACCCUAACCAGCCCAAACCGGAGGGGCUCCAGAUGACUCCUCUGCAUGGCGAGAUGUUAGACGUGGGGACAAAAUGGCCGCCAUCUCUCCUGGCCUCUCUGCAGCGAUGGGGCACUACACACCCUAAAAGUCCCUGUCUCACAUCACUGGACAACACGGGCAAACCCAUCUACACCCUCACCUACGGGAAGUUAUGGACUCGCAGUCAGAAACUAGCGUACACACUUCUGAACAAACUCAGCUCCCGGAACGAACCACUGCUGCGGCCUGGGGACAGGGUCGCCCUUGUUUUCCCCAACAACGACCCUGUGAUGUUCAUGGUGGCGUUUUAUGGAUGUCUGCUGGCAGAGUUAGUGCCUGUGCCCAUAGAGGUGCCACUUACACGAAAGGAUGCGGGCAGUCAGCAGAUCGGGUUUCUCCUGGGCAGCUGUGGUGUAACUCUGGCUUUAACUACUGAUGUGUGUCAGAAAGGCCUUCCUAAAGCUCACACUGGAGAGGUGGCCACCUUUAAAGGUUGGCCUCGUUUGCUCUGGUUUGUUACCGAUGGGAAACAUGUUGUGAAACCCCCUAAAGACUGGAAUCCUCCAAUCAGAGACAGCAGCAAUGAGACAGCCUACAUUGAGUAUAAGACGAGUAAGGAAGGCAGUACGAUGGGCAUCACCGUGUCCCACGCUGCCAUGUUGGCUCACUGCCAUGCACUGACACAGGCCUGCGGGUACACCGAGGGUGAAACCAUCACUAAUGUUCUGGACUUUAAGCGUGAUGCAGGUCUUUGGCACGGCGUUCUCACUAGUAUGAUGAACCGGAUGCACGUGAUCAGCAUCCCAUAUUCCCUGAUGAAGGUCAACCCUUUGAGCUGGAUCCAAAAAGUACAUACCUAUAAAGCACGCGUUGCCGUGGUGAAAUCGAGGGACAUGCACUGGUCACUGCUAUCUCAGAGAGAUCAGAGAGACGUCAGUCUGAGCUCAUUACGCAUGCUGAUUGUGGCAGAUGGAGCCAAUCCUUGGUCGAUCUCCUCCUGCGAUGCUUUCUUGAACGUGUUUCAGGCUCGAGGUUUGAGGCCUGAGGUGAUUUGUCCCUGUGCCAGCUCAGCCGAGGCUCUGACUGUCGCCAUCCGCAGGCCUCCGGAAAUGGGAGUCCCUCCACCUGGUAAAGCGGUUCUCUCCAUGAGCAGUCUGAGUCAUGGUGUGAUCCGAGUGGACACGGAGGAGAAACUGGCUGUACUCACACUGCAGGAUGUAGGACAAGUGAUGCCUGGAGCACUGGUGUGUGUGGUGCGACCAGAAGGAACACCGUACCUCUGCAAGACAGACGAGGUUGGUGAGAUCUGCGUGAGCUCCUGCACUACAGGCGUGUCCUACUUCGGCUUGCCCGGCAUCACCAAGAACGUGUUUGAGACGAUUCCCGUGACAACGACUGGCUCUCCCGUUAGCGAUCGACCUUUCACUCGCACCUCGCUGCUCGGCUUCAUCGGACCGGAUGACCUGCUGUUCGUUGUAGGGAAGAUGGAUGGGCUGAUGGUGGUCAGUGGGCGGAGACAUAACGCCGAUGAUGUAGUGGCGACUGCACUGGCAGUGGAGCCGAUGAAGUUCGUCUACAGAGGACGGAUUGCUGUGUUCUCUGUGUGUGUGCUCCAUGAUGAGAGGAUCGUGGUGGUAGCAGAACAAAGACCAGACGCAUCUGAGGAGGACAGCUUUCAGUGGAUGAGCCGAGUGCUGCAGGCGAUAGACAGCAUCCAUCAGGUGGGUGUGUACUGCCUGGCGCUGGUUCCCGCUAACACACUCCCCAAAGCAGCUCUCGGUGGGAUUCAUGUGUCUGAGACGAAGCAGCGUUUCCUGGAGGGAGCUCUGCACCCCUGCACCGUGCUCAUGAGUCCUCACACCUGCAUUACCAACCUGCCCAAACCCCGCCAGAAGCAACCAGAGGUGGGUCCCGCCUCUAUGAUUGUGGGGAACCUGGUUGCUGGGAAGCGAAUCGCCCAGGCUUGUGGGAGAGACGUCACUCAGUUGGAGGAUCAUGAUCAGUUUCUGUACAUUCAGGAUGUUCUGCAGUGGAGAGCUCAGGCCACGCCCGAUCACCCGCUGUUCCUUCUGCUCAACGCCAAGGGUGCCGUGGCAAGCAGUGCAUCCUGUGUGCAGCUCCAUAAGCGUGCUGAACGUGUCGCUGUAGCUCUCAUGGAGCGUGGAAGACUGAACGCAGGCGAUCAUGUCGCACUUGUUUACCCGCCCGGCAUCGACCUGAUAGCUACAUUUUACGGCUGUCUGUACGCGGGCUGUGUUCCAGUAACAGUGCGCCCCCCCCACCCACAGAACCUGGCUACGACGCUCCCCACCGUCAAGAUGAUCGUUGAGGUCAGUAAGUCAGUUUGCAUCCUGACCACACAAGCAAUAAUGAAGCUCCUGAAAUCUAAAGAAGCCUCAGCUGCCGUGGAUGUGAAGACGUGGCCGAUGGUACUGGACACAGAUGAUCUGCCCAGGAAGAAACUCGCACAGAUCUACAAGCCGCCAACGCCGGAGAUGCUCGCGUACCUGGACUUCAGUGUGUCCACUACAGGCAUACUCGCUGGAGUGAAGAUGUCUCACACUGCCACCAGUGCCUUGUGUCGCUCCAUAAAGCUGCAGUGUGAGUUGUAUCCAUCGCGACAGAUCGCCAUCUGCUUGGACCCAUACUGCGGCCUCGGCUUCGCUCUCUGGUGCCUCUGCAGUGUAUAUUCAGGACACCAGUCUGUUCUGGUUCCUCCUCUGGAGUUGGAGAGUAAUGUGUCCGUGUGGCUCUCGGCUGUGAGUCAGUUUAAAGUCCGCGUCACCUUCUGCUCAUAUUCAGUGAUGGAGAUGUGCACUAAAGGCCUGGGCUCUCAGACUGAAGCACUGAGGUUACGAAACAUCAACCUGUCGUGCGUGCGAACCUGCAUGGUGGUGGCCGAGGAGAGACCUCGCAUCGCUCUCACCCAGUCUUUCUCCAAGAUCUUUAAGGAUCUGGGCCUGUCGCCUCGAGCCGUCAGCACCACCUUCGGCUGCAGGGUCAACGUGGCCAUCUGCCUUCAGCCCAACAGACUGGGCAACCUGGCUGAUCAGGGUACAGCUGGUCCUGAUCCCACCACUGUCUAUGUGGAUAUGAGAGCACUUCGACAUGACAGAGUGCGGUUAGUUGAAAGAGGCUCUCCACACAGUCUGCCUCUGAUGGAGUCAGGGAAGAUCCUUCCUGGUGUUAAAGUAAUCAUAGCUCACACAGAGACCAAAGGACCGCUCGGAGACUCUCAUCUGGGAGAGAUCUGGGUUAGCAGCCCCCACAAUGCCACAGGAUAUUACACGGUGUACGGUGAGGAGGCGCUGCACGCUGAUCACUUCUGCACUAAGCUGAGUUUCGGUGACACACAAACCGUAUGGGCGCGAACGGGAUACCUGGGCUUCCUGCGCAGGACUGAACUCACUGAUGCCAGCGGAGAACGGCACGAUGCCCUGUACGUAGUAGGAUCUCUGGAUGAGACGCUGGAGCUCAGAGGGAUGCGCUAUCACCCCAUUGAUAUUGAAACCUCUGUCAUCAGAUCACACAAGAGCAUCGCUGAGUGUGCCGUGUUUACGUGGACUAACCUGCUGGUGGUGGUGGUGGAGCUGGAAGGCUUGGAGCAGGAGGCUCUGGAUCUCGUUCCCCUCGUCACCAACGUGGUUCUGGAGGAGCACUACCUGAUCGUGGGUGUGGUGGUGGUGGUGGACCCUGGCGUCAUUCCCAUCAACUCUCGCGGGGAGAAGCAGCGCAUGCACCUGCGUGAUGGCUUCCUCGCCGAUCAACUCGACCCCAUUUACGUGGCCUACAACAUGUGAAACCAGGAAAGAAAGUGAGACAGGAAUCGAGACGGUUUCCCCUUCUGCACAUCUUCAUGAUGAAUGAACAUGAUGGAACUAUGCAGCGUGUGUGUGUGUGUGUGUGUUUUCCUCUGAGGAAGACAGUUACAAUGCCUCUGAUACAAAAUAGUGUCUCCCCAUUUCAUAUCUGAGUGACUGCAUAUCAUUUCAAAUAUCAGGUUCAAGGAAUAUUACAAAUAUAUACAAAUGUCCUUUCAGGUUAAAUAGAAUCAAUCAUGGUGCCAAUGUAGGUAGAAAUAAUGGAAGUCUAUCUCACCCAAAACCAUGCCUAUGUUAUUGCAUCAUAGUGAUUGUCUAUAUAAUCUCAUAUUACUACUACAGCGUCUCUACAGUACCUUCAUAUUUUUGGAAGCAGGGUCCACAAGGGGUUGAACGAUACUCAUCUGCACUUGAUAUUUUAGUUCCGAUCACCCAAUAGCGUUACAGGGUGCGUCUCAAUCAGCUCUCUCUGGUAAACAGAUGCUAAAGACUUUAUUUAUCCUGAAUAUUUAUCCCUACAUACAAACAAAAUAAAAUAUUUAAGUUUGUAUGCCAUGUUUUGUAAAUCUGCACUGAAAAGUCAGUUGACCCAGAGGAACAUCUGGUUCCCAUAUUUGGACUUUGGCAGAGGUUUCACUCCAGAUGCUCUUCCCUGAUACAACUCUACCCCCUUUAUCCGGGCUUGGGAUAGAGAGUUAACUCUCCAGAGAGUUAGCUCCCUACCUGAGACUCGAACCCGGCAACGAGAGAAAAGUCGAAUGACUUUUUCUUACAUUUGCUUCUUUCUCACAUAAGCUGCCAUGUUUCACUAUUUGUCUGUUACUGCCUUCCAGUUACUUGCACUAAAACGAUGUAAAUUUAUGAAGAAAAAGUAUACAUAUAGUAUAUUUAGUAUAUUUGAGUGUGUAGUAAAAGUAAUAGAGAAUCCAAGUACUGGGACAUACAGUAAUAACUCAUCAUGUAAUGGAAGAGAAAGUGGUCCACAUUUAGAAAAUCUACCGAAAAUAGUAAAGCAUCCAGGCACCUCCAGGCAUGAAUGGCGCUUCCUUCCUUUCUUUUAAUGAGUAUUUGUGCUCCUGUGUGUAUUAGUUUUAUGUCGUUUAUUCCCAUGUCUCUUCCUGGCUUCAGAAUCAUAACAAUGAGAUUCAUUUUCAUUCACACAGUGUCCUUAAAACCACAUCAACUCAUCUGUGUGACCAAAAAGAGUUUGAGGAUGUUAGAUAAUAAUAAUUAAAAUGUUUUGUGGUGAGAUAAACUUUCUGUUACCCGUCAUCUACAUGAGCAUCAUAUAUCUCUAUCAGAAAAGAAACCUCAAGCUGCAGACUUCAGAUACCCAACAUAUCUUGGCUGACUGAGUCCAUUUGAUGUUUAAUGAGCACUUUUCUAUUAAUGUGUACGUAGGGUUUAUUUCGAAGUCGGAAGAAAACAACAACAACAACAACAACAACAAUGAGGACUAUAACCCAUGCAACGCAGCCCAGCCCUUAAUGCUGAUCUUCACAUUCAAUCACUUUACCCAAUCACUCACUCGGAGACGUUCUCAGUGGGUUUGCAGACAGGUGGAGCACAAAAGGAGAAGUCUCCACGUCAGGAGUUGCGGCUACUGUCAGGAGUUGUGACCAAGAGGAACACACAGUGCUCACUUCAGCUUUCUGAUAAAAAUAAAAGUCCAUCAUAUUCCAGCACACUGACAUGCUUCGAAAUCGUCAAGAGUUUUUACAGACUACCGAAAGUGCAAUACGAUAGAUAAGAGCUGAGCUGAUAUCUUGGUCUAUGUAUCGCAGUUACUGUUGGGUGGGUUUUGAUGCUCAGGAUUGCAGUUUUUCUCUUUUGCUUGCACACAGUGUCACUGCUUUAAAAUACCUCAACGCUAAUUAGACUAGACACCUAGCAAAACAAGACCCAAGCUGUGUUAUUAACCGCGUCCGUCUAAGGUAUCAGGUGUAUUUAUCCGCUUAUUCUGAAUAAGGGGCAGCUAUUUUUCUGGUGCUGAAGCAACUAGGCUACUGUCGUGGCUAACUAGCACGUUAGCCUUAGUAGCAUGUUCUUGUGCGGCUGUGUUACUUUAGUUUGUUCAUUUGAACCACAUCAGGUUUAUGAAAACGCUAUGCUCCAAAACUCUCAUGGAACGUCCAAGCUGCCCUCAGAUCUGUCCUAAUAUAUAUUUUCAGUGUCAGUGAAUGUUGUAGCCUGGAGCUUGUGGUCAGCGUAAGGUUCUUUGCAGUUCAUGUUUUUAGGAGUUUUAGAAAUAUGACAGUCCUGCGAAAAGACACUACAUUUAACCCUUUCAUGCAUUGCCACACAUGGCUUUAGACUAAUUAGACUGUCUAAUUAUUAGUAUUAUUAAAUAGUAAAUGAAGUGGGGGAAAAAAAGGCUAAAACAGUAUCACUAAAAUGAUAUAAAAAAAAUUAAAAGCAUUUUCUUUCUUGUAAUAAUUCCAAGUUUUUAAACAUUUAAAUAUGUCUUAAAUAUGUAUUUUAUUUUUCUUUAGAAAUGAUAUUUUCUGAACAUAGAAAAUAAUAUAUAAAUAAUAUAUUAUUAUAUAAAGCAAGGAAGUAAACAAAACAACAGUGGCACCAAAACAUGUUUUUACUUCAUUUCCUUCUUAUUUUUUAUUUUUUUAUUUUAUUUUUAAUAUAUAGAAAGUUAGUAAAGAUCGAGAACGCCAGAUGUUAAAGCACUAAAAAGUUACUGAGCUUUAUAAUAAUGCUCUCAACUGAUUCGAAAGACUUACUCUCUUACGUUUUCCUAAAAUAUUUUUUUAAAAAGCGAUCUAUGGAUGACACGAUACAUGAAAGGGUUAAUAACACAGUCCUGUGUGUGCAUUUGGGAAAAACUGUAACGAACUGAAUAUAAUAUCGCCAUCGCUAAGCUUACGCUGAUGGCUCUAACAUGCAAAAGGUGUCAACAAAGCAAAAAUGCGGCGGCAAAUCAGAAAACACGACAGGAUCAGGGACGAAACCCAGACGCAGAAUUUAUAUUCGAUACAGCAAGCGUUGGUGUCUUGUUACGGAGAACUGAGUGAAAAUGCGUGCUUUCGACGUUUGCGAUUAACGUGAAACGUAAACGCUAAUAUCACUAUUAGCCGUUAUCACUGUUAGCACUGAACGCUAAUAACGUGCCAGCGUUUGUGUGAUGGAUUUAGGCUCUUCGUCAUAUACAACCAACACAAAAACUGCAUUAAACUUAGACUGCUGUGACUCUGAGUGAUCUGAGCGUCUGAAGCAUGGAGCUUUACCAUAUUCUCCUGUUAGCUAGCUGUGCUCUCAGGAUCCUCCCAGUCGCUGUGGUACUUCUUUAUCCUGGAUUGAAUCAGAAAGCCUGAAUGCUAACAGAUUGCGGUGUGUGUGGUCCAUGCUUUGAGCUAGUUUGUGGUGUUAGUGCUGAAAAACAUCCCAGAAAACCAAAGUGCUUUCUACACCAGAACCUUAAAGAUUUAAGGGAAUCUUCCCGUUCCUGUCUGCUGCUAAGCGGAUCCAUGGAAGCUUUUCCCAAGCUAAUACGCUAGAAAAACGGCAUGCUUAGGAGAAUUUUUUUUCCCCCUCAGCUUCAGAUCAAGAGAUGUUUAGAAGAUGAUGUGGGUUUAACUCAACGGGUUUAAGCGUUUAGAACACCUCACGUAAUAAUUUAUGACGAAUAAACGAUAUGAAGAUACAGUAAAGAGAAAUUCUUUCUUUUGAACAACCUGGCGUCCUUUAGGUGAGGACUUAGCAUUAGCAUUCGCAUAAUCAUCAAGUUGACCAAACGUCACAUGAAUGCCUUUGAUUAUUAUUAUCAUUAAUAAUAAUAAAGAUAUUGGUUAACUAAUUUAACUGUAACCAGACCCCGCCUCUGUUUCUGUGUGCUGUAGCCAAUCAGCAUCGAGCAUUAAUGGAUUAAUUAACUUUUGUGUUACGUUUUCAAGGUUGUUGCAGUGUUUUCUGGUUUGCUGUCGGAUCUUUUGGUUUGUUGUUGUGUUUCAAACAGCAUCAGGUCGCUCUCUCUCCUCAUCCGCCAUCUCGGCCCGAGCCUUAAAUCUGUCCUGUUACCUGUAGACACAUUUCAUCCCCAUGCUCUUUCUUCAGUCAUUCCUAUCAAGGGUGCCGUGUGAAUCAUAUUAAAGAUAUUAUUGACAUGAUCCCCAUCUAAAUCUAUACGUCAUCGUGUCAGGCAUUUAGUUUGUGUUUAUUUGGCGAGUUUUUUGUAUCGAAACAGCAGAUUUAUCCAUGUCUUAAGUUUUCGGCUUGAGCUUCAUGACCACUCGCAUGCAUCACACUUGAAAAUGAAUGUAUUGGGGUGACAUUUUCCAAAGUGACUUACGUACUGUGCUUUACUGAUACAGAAGCUAAUUAUCAAUCCACACCCACCUUUUCCCAGGACAUCAGAUCGAACGAGCAGAAACAGCGGAGUAACUUCAGGAAAAAUCGCAGGUGUAAAGGGCUUCGUUUCAGUGCUUGUUUCUGAGUGGAAGAAUAGUCGCUUGUAUUUUUCAGAUCCAUUAUACGCUGUAUAUUGAAAAGGCCAGCAUUGUAAAGAGGACGCUUAUUUCCAUGGCUGCAUUCUGUAAUUUUUUUCCCGUUUUCUUUUCUUUUGUGAGCUGUGUCAGGCAUUAAGCCUGCUGUAAUUAUGUACAGAAUUUGUGUAAGUUAUUACUGAGAUCCUAGAACAUGGUAGGAACAGAAGAAGCCUCAGAGCUAACCAAAAGUUCAUCGUUUCUUCACCAAACAUCAGCAAUCUAUAUGUAUGCUGUUUGUUUUUGUUUUCUUUCUGUUACAACACACUGGGAGGACGCAGGGACUGGUUUUUGCAGUUUUCCAGGAUUACAAAGCACAUGUGGUUUCCCUCAGUGUCGAACCUGUUAAUGAAUGUUCCGAGCAAUCAGCUGACAUGGCUUUUUGUCCUAUGUUAACAUGAUUUUUCUUAAUAAACGACUUGCUUUUAAUGGA